AUGCUCCAUUCGGUGGAUGAUGACGAAGAGGCGAUUCUGGUGAGCAAUGAGGUACUUCCGCACUCCGAUUCACCAGACCCAGGCUCAUCAAGCAUGGGUCGAUCUGAUGUUCGACCACAAGAAAUUUCUGCAAUUGAGAAAAAGAAGGAAUCCGAAGGGCAGUAUGAUGAUGAUUUCACAGAAGAUGUGCUUGUACAAAUUCCAGAUGAUGAGGAUCAGAGUUUCUUCUCCUUUCGUAAACUUUGGCUUUUCACGGGUCCCGGCUUUCUGAUGAGCAUUGCCUAUUUGGAUCCGGGCAACAUCGAAAGCGAUCUCCAAUCUGGUGCCACUGCUCAAUAUAAAUUGUUAUGGGUGCUUUUAUCAGCUCACAUUAUGGGUAUGUUAUUGCAAAGAAUGUCGGCUCGUUUGGGAGUUGUUUCCGGGAAACAUAUGGCUGAAGUGGCUCACAGUUUUUAUCCAAAAGUGCCUCGUUUGAUCUUAUGGACAAUGGUCGAGUUGGCGAUUAUUGGCUCGGAUAUGCAAGAAGUCAUCGGCACAGCGAUCGCCUUUUAUCUUCUCUCGAGUGGAGCGAUACCAUUGUGGGUGGGAGUGAUCAUUACAAUCCUCGACACAAUCACUUUCCUUUUCGUUGAUCGAUACGGUUUCCGAAAACUCGAGUUCAUCUUCGGCGUCCUCAUCACAACGAUGGCUGUUUCUUUCGGUUUUGAGUAUUUCGUUGUGAAACCGGACACGGUGGAAGUGGUGAAAGGGAUGUUCAUCCCAUGGUGUGAAGGAUGCGGACGAGAGCAGUUUUUGCAGGGAGUUUCCGUGGUUGGAGCUGUGAUUAUGCCUCAUAACUUGUAUCUUCACUCGGCACUCGUCAAGAGUCGAAAAGUUGAUCGCUCGAAAGAAAGCAAAGUGAAAGAGGCGAAUUUCUACUAUUUCAUUGAGUCAGCACUCGCGUUGUUUGUUUCAUUUUUCAUCAACACUUUUGUUGUGGCCGUUUUUGCGCACGGAUUAUUCAAUAAGACGAAUGCUGAAGUGCGUGCCACUUGCCUUUCUGGUCACGGAAUGUAUGAUAAUCGAACUUUCCCCGACAACAAUGAGACAGUUUCGGCUGAUAUUUACAAGGGUGGCAUCUUUCUAGGUUGCGAAUUUGGAAUUGGCGCAUUAUAUGUCUGGGCAAUCGGAAUUCUGGCAGCUGGUCAGAGCUCAACGAUGACUGGAACCUAUUCAGGACAAUUCGUCAUGGAGGGCUUCAUUCGAGUUCGCUGGGCUAAAUGGAAACGAGUGUUUGUCACUCGUUCCAUUGCCAUUGCACCCACGUUGGCUAUCGCUGUUUGGGCUCGUGACAUCGACAAUUUGACUGGGAUGAACGAUUUGUUGAAUUGCGUUCAAAUGAUCCAGCUACCAUUUGCUCUCAUUCCCAUCAUCACUUUCACAUCCAGCGAGAAAAUUAUGCACAAUUUCAAGAGUUCAAGAGGUUUUCAAAUUUUUGCUUGUACUGCAUCAGCUUUGGUGAUCAGUAUCAAUAUUUAUUUCAUUUACGACUACAUCACUUCAACACUCGGCAAAGAGUGGUAUGUGCUGAUGCCACUCUUCGGCGCAACUCUUCUUUACUUCAGUUUCAUCUGUUAUCUGGCUGUUUAUUGUUUCAUGGCGAUUGGGCUCAUCUCAGAAGACUGGAAAAUCUCCGGCUUUUCCUUUAAACGAGACUAUGAAACGGAGGCGCCGUGGUUGGCCAACAACGUUCGCCCAAUCCGAGCUCAUACCGUCACCGAUAUCUUC